GUGACUACUAUAAAUUUCAGUGACCGAUUGUGACCUGCAGUUUGUUCACGAGUCGUUCUCAGUGUAGAUCACGCGGAGAAGCGCUAUUUCCCGAUUACGACGAACAGUUCGUGAAUUCUCCCUGGCAGUCAGGUUGACAUAGGAAGAUGGCACAGCUAACUCGUUUGAAAUGUCCAUUCUUGGCCAAAGUACCAACACAGUGUAUUAAGAAGGCUGGGGUAACACUCUUCAAUUAUGCAGAGAAUUGCCCUGUGAUGUCCCACAUGGUGAAUCGCCAUGCAUCUACCAUGCAAGUAGAUUCUGAAAAAGGAAGAGCCCAAGCUGAAGGUGGUAAAUGCCCAGUGUAUGGAAAAUGUCCAUUCCUGGAUAAUGUAGAUUAUGUAAAGAAAUGCAGUGACCUUGAUGAUGAUGAUGUCAUUCAUGCUGGUGUAAAGAAAGAAGAAUCUAUGCCAAAAGGCUCUGAAAUGAUUGGCAAAGCUGCUGAACAAAUGAGAGCUAUUCAUAAACAGCACCCUAUGAUGAAAGCAUCUGUUGCUAUGGAUACCAAGCCUUCUCCAUCAAUUGACAUCACUAAGAACGUUGCUACAGAAGGUCAAGCUAUAAAUGAUGGGUCUCUGACCCAGAAGAUGUUCAACUCUAUUAAAGAGGCUUUUGUACCAAGCAAACCUAUGUCUGACCGCCUUGCUAAGAAGGAAGACAUUGCAAAACCCAAGGUGAAAGCUAAAGCAAAACCCAAGCCUUUAAAAGAUGAUGGCUCAUUUGAUUAUGAAACCUUCUUCGAAGGGGAGAUUGAUGCAAAGAAGGCAGACCAUUCCUAUCGGGUUUUCAAGAAAUUGGAGAGAGAUGCGACUAAAUUUCCCUUUGCUAAAGAGUUUUCAAAUGCUAAAAAGGAAGGGGAUCCUGGUCAGCCCAUCACUGUGUGGUGCAGCAAUGAUUACCUUGGUAUGAGUCGUCACCCUGCUGUUACUGAUGCCAUUAUUGACACUUUGAAGAAGCGAGGUGCUGGUGCCGGUGGGACUCGCAAUAUUUCUGGUAAUACAACAUACCAUGAAAAGUUGGAAAAACAACUGGCUGAUCUACACCAGAAAGAAGCUGGAUUGGUCUUUACGUCUUGUUAUGUGGCGAACGAUUCCACCUUAUUCACCCUUGCUAGAGCUCUGCCAGGAUGCGAGAUUUAUUCGGAUUCUGGGAAUCAUGCCUCCAUGAUUCAGGGAAUUAAAAAUAGUGGAGCUCCCAAGUUUAUUUUCCGGCAUAAUGAUCCUGAACACUUGGAAGAAUUAUUGAAAAAGUCUGAUAAGUCAACUCCGAAGAUUGUUGCUUUUGAAACUGUCCAUUCUAUGACUGGAGCUGUUUGUCCUUUGAAAGAAUUGUGCGAAAUUUCUCAUCGGUAUGGUGCCAUUACCUUUGUGGAUGAAGUACAUGCUGUUGGAUUAUAUGGUGAACACGGAGCUGGUAUUGGUGAAAAAGAAGGGCUAUUACACGAAAUUGACAUUGUAUCUGGUACACUGGGAAAGGCAUUUGGUAAUAUUGGUGGUUACAUAGCAAGUACUGCUAAACUGGUUGAUAUGGUACGAAGUUAUGCUUCUGGGUUCAUCUUUACUACUGCUCUACCACCCACUGUAAUGGCUGGAGCCAUGGCCUCAAUCAAGGUAGUGAGUGGACCUGAGGGACGUGAACUGCGAGGUAGACAUCAGGCGAGAGUUGGUGAGCUGCGAAGUAAAUUAAUGGCUGCUGGUCUACCUGUGGUCCACUGUCCAAGUCAUAUCAUACCAAUUCAUGUUGGUAAUCCUGCGCAGUGUACCAAGGUUGCCAAUGAAAUGAUGUCUAAGCAUAGUAUAUAUGUUCAAGCCAUCAACUAUCCUACUGUACCACGGGGAGAAGAGAAACUAAGAAUUGCACCGACCCCAUUCCAUGCCACUGAGAUGAUGGAUGGAUUUGUUCAAUCUCUGGUUGAUGUAUGGAAAGAAAAUGGUUUAGGGUUGAUGAAUAAAGUCUGCACUGCAGAAUGUCAAUUCUGCCAGGAUCCAGAAAAAUUCGAGCAGUUGUCUGCCAGGGAGAAGGAAUUCCUGAAAAAUUUGGCUGUUGAGGUGGCUUAACAAAUCACUGGCUCUGAUGCUCCAAACUUCCCCUGCACAUAUGGGGAUAGUGGAGCCAUAGGCAUCCAUGUGUAUGUGAUCAUUAUCAAAAUGUAGUUUUAGUUGUUGUCAAAUGACAACAGUCUCUUACAACAUUCUUACAUGUGUACUUUAAUAAUCGUACUGUCAUGUGGCAUGAUUGCAAAUAUGUGCAAGUUUCUUCUAUAUGCAAUAUAAGAUUUAAUCAAAUCUAGUUUAGUGCAAUCAAUUUUAAAUUAUCUCUUCUUGAUAAUAUCCUGCUUUGCAUUAACUGACACACCCCUCAUUAUCUAUCUGAUGUUUCAUGUCUAUUGUUCUCAUGGUGUGCCUACAUUGACUUGAACACUCCUGCAUUUUGAUAGUUGGACUUGGACUGAAGUGUUGUUGUUAGACCUUGCCUUCAAGUCUGCACAAGCAUAUUUCCAUGUGCUUGAAGUCGUGGAGACGGCCAAUUAAGUGAUAACACAGAAUACUGUGCCAACUAUACUUGCAUGUAGUUGCAUAGUGAUUCACCAGGCAAAAUUCUUGAGCAUACUCGGAAUGGCUGGAGACCAGGCUUGUUUCACACAUGGUGUACAAUCUUGACAAUGCUAGCGCUCGCCUCUUGUUUUCUUUACACACAUUUGCAGUCACUGUAAAUGUAGUGAUUACUUGAAGACACUUUGUCGCCAUAAUUAAUAUCAAAUCAAAAACUACUAAUUUGUCAUCAAAGAGUACACAUGAAAGUGUUAAAGGAGGCAGGCAGCUGGACUGCCUAUAGACUAGUUAAUAUUUUAUUUAUUGAUAUAACUAUGUAUGACAUGUUUCAUCAUUUACAGAGUGCACAGUUUUUACAAAAAGUAAGAUGAAUCUUAACUACUGUAAAAUGACUAAUUUUUACUGGGUUUAAAUUUUGCUGAUUUACCAUUUCAGGCAUAUUCAGUUGGUUUUAAAUUCAGUUUUAUCAUUAAAAUAAUGUGUUCUAUGCUAAAUUUUAAAUAUUCAGUGGGUUUUAAAUUCACGGUUUUAUCAUUAAAAUAAUGUGUUCUAUGCUUAAUUUUACAUAUUCACUGGGUUUUAAUUUAGCUCAUUUUCCAGUCAGCGAAAUAAGCAAAAUUAAAACCCAGUGAAUAAUUAAUCCUUUUACAGUAAUUGUUUUUGACUAUCCUAAUAUGACAAGACUAAUAUCGGUGUUUCACAAUGCCCAAAAUUAUUCCGGACUAUCAAGCAUAUCACAGUCUGCUUUGGCAGAUAUGAGAACUGUAAUGAUCUGCUUACCAUAUUUGCUAUAUAUGGAAACACCUCUGUAAAUUACGGAAGCGCAUACACUACUAAUGGAGCAAAUAUUGUAUUGUAACCUGUGCACUCUGUAUAAAUACAUUGUUAUAUGGGGGGAAAUAUAGUUUAUGAUUAUAUUAUUCUCUAAUGCUCUAAAAUACAUUACAGCUGAACAAUGACUAUAAUUGAAAAAAAGAUUGGUAUCUUACAAUUAAUUCAGUCAGUAAGAAAGGUCACAAAGCUUUGUUUAUCUCUGCUUUCACACAAAUUCACAUUCCAAAUUCAACAUAUCACAGUGUGUUGAUUCAUCCCAGAAAUAUUGACUGCAUCUGAUCCUGCAUUUACAAAACAUUCAACUGCCAUUGUCUGAGUAUAUGGGAUGGCGUAUCAAUGUUCAGCUGUAAAACUAUUCAGCGCUUUAUCAUUUACAUACAAGUCAAAGUUGACUACAAGUGCACCAAGCCUUAAAUUGCUCAGUGAUAUAUUGUAAAUCACAUUCAUCUCGAUCACAAAUAUACAGAGUAUCAUCUACUUGUGAUAUCAAAUGAACAAAUAAAUAUAUGAUGCAUAAUCUA